CCGCUGUCUUCUUCCCCUUUCUCUUCCUUCAUCCCUUAUUCCCUGUCACCCUUUCACUAUGUCACCGUUAUCACCACCGCAAUACCUUCGUCUCCAACCCCAUCCCUUCUCCAUUCUGCCCGACCAUGUCUCCCUCAGGCAUUCGCCGAGUCGACCACCCCUACGCGAUUUCCUCCACGUUAUCCUAACCGAAGCCCAGUCUUUCGUUACCGCGAUCCCGACCACUUUCCAUCCUACUCGUAAACCACGCCCUUCCCCCCCAGCUGCUGCCCUUGUCCAUCUCUCUACCUGCUCACUCCCCGACGUACCCUCCGGUGUUGGCACCAAGAAGAAGCCCGGCUCUAACUUCUGGAUCUGUCGAACGAGCGUUCACGAAAACGCGGCCCACGACGGCACCGCCUCUUGGGCAGAGUUUCGCGCCGGAUUAAGGGAGAGCCAUUCCGUACAUGAGAUGGAGUACACGCCUAGUGUAUCCGCCGUUGAGACCUUGCUGGAAUGGCCAACUCAGACAGAGAUCGAGGGUGGGUGGCAGCGAGUGAUUGUUCAUGCCCCGCGCUCCUUCAUUGUCCUCGUCGUCUCCGCGGACCGACCCGGCGGCGACCAGAGCGGCUUCAUGACCGUGCAGAUUCCCCUAUCUCCGGAGGCGGAGCCGGCAGACGCCCUGCCCGACCUUUGCCGCGCAAUCUCCGCCGCGCAACCUUCGAAGGCAGUACUCGCCAGUUACUCGAGCGUCGAACAGGUAUCGCCCACUCGUUCCGAUGCGGUCACCGACGCGGUCACCUGGACCAUGGCUACCACAUCUGAAGCCGGCGGAGCCAUCCCGGGCUGGGUGCAACGAAGCUGGACUCUGGGCGGGGCCCCGAAGGCUGUUGUGGCGGAUGUCGGCUUGUUUCUGGGGUGGACGUCCAGGAAGAGAUCCUCAAGGGGAACUUGCUUGCAUGAAGACCAUUCCCAGGCUGCUGAACGCAGGCUUUAGCUUUGCUGUCCACAUGCCCAAUGGCACUAAUUUACAUCGGCUUCCUACCCCACCUAGCUCGCAGUAGCCGAGGGAGGCUGGCGAAGAGAACUGCCACGAUGACUAGAACAGCCUUAUGAGAAGUGCCAAAAGAUGUAGAAUAUAAGAGUGCCUGG